AUGCCGCGUGUUUGCAUAACCGGUGGCGGCGGAUAUUUUGGCCAGCGGGUCGCCUACGAAUUUUUGGAGCAAGGUUAUGAAGCAAACCUCCUCGAUAUCAAUUUCGAAGCUCCACCCCCUGGGAUAACGUUGGAUCAGAAGAAAAUAAAGAUUUUCAAGGGUUCUAUCCUUGAUCGUCAGCUCCUCGAAAACGCGCUUGAAAAUUCCGAGACCUGCGUCCACAUUGCAGCAUAUGGCAUGGGCGGAAAAGGAUCAUGUAAUAAGAAGCUCGUUUUUGCCACAAAUGUCGAUGGGACGAAUUUGGUGAUGGAUGUUUGCAGGGAGAAAGGAGUAAAUAGGUUUAUCAACUCCAGUUCGGUAGGCGUCAUCUUCACAGACCACGAGCUAAACAUGGUCGAUGAGAGCUAUCCCUACCCAGAGACUUUCUACUCUUACUACAGUGAAUCGAAGGCUAUUGCCGAGAAGGCUGUCAAAAAAGCUAAUUCCGAGAAUUUUUCUACAGUAUCGCUUCGGUAUAGAGGGAUAUUUGGGCCUGGCGAGCCGAGGACAACUGCUAGAGCGGCGGAAACGAUUCACCGCGGCCUGUAUUUUGCCCGUUUCGAGCACAACACCCCGGCGAUGACCCAGUUCAGCGGGCUCGACAACACCGCCACGGCAUGCUGGCUAGCUGAGGUUGCCCUGAGGGACAGGAAGGAAAUUGUUGGCGGAAAAGUGUAUAACAUUGUCGAUGGAGGCUCACCAGUGCCAAGCUGGGAUUUUUGGAUUCCGCUAUGCCAGGCCCUCAAUCGCAGUCGCCCCUGGCUGGUGCUCCCGUUUUGGAUGGUGUUAUACCUGGCAUGGGCAUCGGAAUUUUUGUGUGAAAAUUUCGGCGUCACUCCGUUAUUCCUACGACUAGAGGUGGCCCUCGUUGGCUUCACCAAUACCUAUUCGAUCGAAGCAGCCAGGAGGGAUUUGGGUUACGACCCUCAGCACAACCACGAUCUUAAAGAAACGGCGGCAUACUAUAAGCAAUAUUACGCGGCAAAUCCGAGCUGGAGAAUCGAUUGGUCUUUUUUAUUUGCGGUCACUUUCUUGUUCUUGGUGUCAUUUUUAUUCACAUUUGUUUGG